AUGAAGACCUUCUACAAUGUCUACGCCAUUUGUGGCUUCGCCGCAAUUGGCGGUGGGCUUUUCGGUUUCGACAUCUCUUCCAUGUCCGGCGUGCUAGGAACUCCUGCAUACAGGAAUUAUUUUGGACGUCCUGCCGGCACCAGUCAAGGCGGUAUUACUGCUUCCAUGCCCGCUGGCUCCCUCUUCGGUGCUCUCUGCUCUUCUUUUCUUGCCGACCGCCUGUCGCGUAGGACCGCUAUACAGAUCGCUGCGAUUAUUUGGUGCAUUGGCGCCAUCCUGCAGGCCUCCGCCAACGGUGUUGCUCUCCUGUGUGUCGGCCGUGUCGUCGGUGGAUUUGCCGUCGGUAUCUGCUCUGCCAUCGUUCCCGUCUACCAGAGUGAGAUCGCGCCCAAGGAGAUCCGUGGUCGCGUCGUCUCCCUCCAGCAGUGGGCUAUCACAUGGGGUAUCCUGAUCCAGUACUUCAUCCAGUAUGGCUCUUCAUUCUACGACGGUGGCGUCGACAAUGAGUUACAGGGUACCGCCGCCUUCCGUAUUCCUUGGGGUAUUCAGGCGGUUCCCGGUGCCAUUCUCUUCCUUGGCCUAUUCUUCUUCCCUAAAUCGCCGCGCUGGCUUGCCUCGAAGGAUCGCUGGGAGGAGGCUCUCACCGUUCUUGCCCAUCUCCACGGCAACGGCGAUAAGAAUCACCCAAAGGUCCUCGCCGAGUACCAGGAAAUCGAGGAAGCUCUUCGCUUCGAGCGUGAGGAGGCUGAAACUAGCUUCGCUGCUCUUGUUAAGCCCCGCAUCCUCAAGCGUGUCAUUCUCGGCAUGUCCAUUCAGAUGUGGUCGCAGCUGUGUGGUAUGAAUAUCAUGAUGUACUACAUUGUAUUCAUCAUGCGUGGUGCUGGUAUUGCGGAUGAGCUCCUCACCUCAUCCAUCCAGUACAUCAUCAACGUCGUGAUGACUUUGCCCGCUAUCCUUUACCUAGACAAGUUCGGCCGUCGUCCUGCGCUCCUGGUCGGUAGCUUCUUGAUGAUGACCUGGCUGUUUACCACUGGCGCCCUUCAGGCCUCCUACGGUGUUCCUAACCCAAACGAGAGCGACAGGGACAUCUCGUGGAUUGUGCCACAAGAGCAUCCCGGCGUCUCCAAGGCCAUUGUCGCCUGUUCUUAUCUCUUUGUCGCUUCGUUCGCCACAACCUGGGGACCCACGUCAUGGACGUAUCCUUCUGAGAUCUUUCCCGCCAAAGUUCGUGCGAAGGCCGUGUCUCUCGCUACUGCCGCGAACUGGACAUGGAACUGUAUUCUGGCUUUCGCCGUCCCUCCUCUUCUCUGGAGCAUCAACUGGAAGAUGUAUAUGAUUUUUGCCACAUUUAACGGUCUUGCCCUCAUUCACAUGUUCUUGGCGGCACCUGAGACCAAAGGGAAGACGCUCGAGGAGAUGGACUCUGUGUUUGACAGCGGUAUUCCUCCCUGGAAAGCUGGCAAGAUCGAGUCGCGCCUUGAUCAACUUCAACGCGACAUCGAAGCUGGAAAUGUCAAGCCCAACCACAGCAAGGGUCCCGGUCAGAUCGAGAACGUUUCCCAUGAGCCCAAGGUCUGA